AUGUGGAAUCGGUUGGAAAAUUUCUUCCUCAACAACAAGUCUGCUAGGGCUUUGCAACUUGACGCUCAAUUCACCAAUACUCGGCUGGAGCAGUUUGAUGGCGUCAAGGCAUAUUGCACUCGGCUUAAGACCCAUGCUGAUAGCUUGAAAAAUGUCGGGGAUAAAGUCUCCGAUAAUCGAAUGGCUUUACAAUUGUUAAAGAAGGAACAAGGUAAUGCUACGGAUUUGGUAACCGAAUCGAGUGAAGAAGCGCACGUCUCUCAGUCUUCUUCAUCCUCGCAGCACCUCAAGGGUGAUUCCUCGCAAAAUUCUGCUCGCGGUGGGGGAUCUCAGCCGGCUCGUGGUGGCCGGAAACCCAAAGGGAAAGGCGGUGCAGGUGGUCACGACAAUCAACAGGCCCAGCAGCCACCACAGCAUCAGUAG